AGCUCUACGCAGUUAUAUUAAGAUGGUCUAUUUUUUUGAAGUGCUAACGAAUUAGUGUUGAAGUUCGGUGUGGGUACCACACCCAAAAGACGUUGCCAAUGGAUAAACGUAUUUCCACACGUUCCAAACGUCUUACAAAUAUUGAUUUAAAGUUGUUUUCAAAAAGUGAUGCUUGAAUGCUGGGGAAACUCAGGGAUACUCCCGUAAUUCCGGUACCUGGCCCAUUUCAAUUCUCUUGAAUAGUUUGGUGUUGCAAUUGUUCGUAUUAAUCAUCUAGUGCGUGGCUGAUAACGCUAUUUGCUAAACACAGCUCCGAUAAGGCCAACGAUGAUACAGUGAGUGGCGGGAAAGGGCGGGGAGAAUCAACCACAAAUGCCAAGCAACAUCGUGAUUAAUAAACGCGACCAGGGCGAGCUUUUGCUUCCCAAACGAUGGGUAUCGGCUAUGGAGCCUCCGAGGAGCAGCUGGAGAAGCAAAUUGGCUGCGUGAAGUACACGCUCUUUUGCUUCAACAUCGUGGCAUGGAUGAUAUCCACAGCGCUGUUCGCCCUGACGGUCUGGUUGAGGGCUGAGCCAGGCUUCAACGACUGGCUGCGCAUCCUGGACGCGCAGUCCUUCUACAUCGGCGUGUACGUGCUCAUCGGCAUCAGCAUUGUGAUGAUGGCCGUCAGUUUCCUCGGCUGCCUGAGCGCGCUCAUGGAGAACACCCUGGCUCUGUUUGUGUUCGUUGGCACCCAGGUCUUUGGGUUCAUCACCAUUGUGGCCGGGUCGGCGGUCCUAAUGCAGUUCAGCACUAUGCACUCCAGCCUGCAGCCGCUGCUGAAUGUUUCGUUGCGCGGCUUUGUGGCCACAUCGGAGUACACGUACUCGAACUACGUGCUGACCAUGAUCCAGGAGAACAUUGGCUGCUGCGGGGCCUCCGGGCCAUGGGAUUAUCUCGACUUGCGCCAGCCGUUGCCAAGCUCCUGCCGCGACACGGUCAGUGGCAACGCCUUCUUCAACGGAUGCGUGGACGAGCUGACCUGGUUCUUCGAGGGCAAAACCGGUUGGAUUGUGGCUCUAGCCAUGACUCUCGGCCUGCUCAACGUCAUCUGCGCCGUGAUGAGCUUCGUGCUUGUGCAGGCGGUCAAAAAGGAGGAGGAACAGGCCAGCAACUACCGCCGCUGAAGCCCCGCCUUGUGUAUACAUAUCUAGUUAGCAGCGACAAGUGACCCUACGAUAGACUUAAGAAUUCAUACCCAGUUCGAACAAUAAGUACAAUAAAGAUUGCGACCCCCACAAAAAAAAAGAUUUCACAGCGGACGGG